AUGAAAGGAUAUCUAGUUCAAUCUUUAAUCAGCCUAUUUCCAAUUCAAUAAUAGGAAACAUUGAUCAAGUGCGUGUUUAUUAUAGGAUUUGAUAAGCUUGUAAAAAAGGGUUUUUUCAUUAAUGGCAAACCCAAAAUAUAAGAAAUAAUAGAUUAUUCAAGUAAACUUACAUAUCAUCUAGGUAAAUUAUAAACAGCUGGGAGAUUGAACUUUGCUCAACAAAACUGUGAUGUGAGACAAGAGCUCGAUCACCUGAAAGAUGAAAUAAGCAAGUUGACAUAGUAAAUAUAAUAUAAUAAUUCAAUAAUUUAAAAAUAAACACAAAGAAGUCAUGAUAGGCUAUUAUUUUAGAAUAUCUCGACUUAAUAUGAUGACAGAAAAAGGUCUGCAUCAGUUGGAUAUAAAUAAUAAUAACAAUAAUUGAUUUAAAAGAAAACCAAAGAAAUAACUCCGAAAAUUACAGAAACCAUACCAUAAACAAUCAACUAAAUCAAUAUCACUAUUUCUAAGCAUCAUUUGGAUGAUACAGAGAUAAAGUCUAUAAUGAGGGACAAUUUGAUUAAAGAAAAACCUCCAAAACCCAAUAAAGUGAAUUAGGAUCAGCUUUUCAAAAAAAAUAAUUAGAUUGAUUAUUAGCGCGUAGAUACAGAAGAACAUCACAUGUACGAGGAUACUGAUAGCGUACCUGUCAGAGAACAUUAUAUUCCAUAGAUUCUAUAAUAUUCAAAUCUCUAAAAUAGUUAGUUAUCAUAAUAUUAAUAAUAAUUACAAUAAUAACAAUAAUAAUAAUAAUUACAAUAAUAAUAACAAUAACAAUAAUAACAAUAAUAAUAAUAAUAACAAUAAUAACAAUAAUAAUAAUAAUAAUAAUAAUCUAAUAUCUUCUAAUAGUAAACAUUUAACUAAUUACAAUAACCUUAGCUAUAAUAACUCUAGCAAUCCUAAGUAUCAUCAUAAUCCAAUGCAAAAUUAAGUGAUCAUUAAUCUCAUAAUACAAAUUAAACCUUUGCUUAACCUUAGUCAAGCCAGAAGCAUUUAGUUCCGCCUUAAAAAUCUCCAAAUAGUUAAUCAAGAUCUCCUAGUAAAUCUCCAAAAUUUAAAUAUCAACAAAAGCAGAAUUCAAAAAGAAAUUUAGAAACAGUGCAAGAAGAGAGUUUUACUUUAGUAAAACAUCAAAGCAGCCAUUCAGCUUCAUCAAAGGGAAGAGGAUCCUACCGAUAGCAAAAAGCUCAAUAAAAUAAUCAAGCUGUAUCUAAGAUCAAAGCUUUACUAGAUUAAGAUAAGAAGAUUUACAAAUAGCAUAUGAUAGAUGUCGCAAGUGAAAGAAGGUCAUUUAUCAAUUCCUCCGAUAAGAUGAGGAAGAUUUAAGAAGAGAUACAAUCUGAGCAAAGCCAAACCAAAAAUCAAGAAAUCGGUGAUUCAGUAAAUAAAAGAACCUUUUCUAACAAUAGCUUUUAUAAGCAAUAAUAGCACCAGUAGAUCUCCCCGUAAUUAGAUUCUGAAUCUAAAUGCCAAGGUCUAAAUCAGUUACACCAAUUUUAAGGUUCUGUCUCAAUGACAAACUCAAAUAGAGUAAGCAAUUUCCUAGCAAAUCCCCAUCUACAAGAUAAUAUGCCAAAUAACAGCAAAUACAAGUAGCAGAUGCCAAAUCAAUACUCUCCUAAAAUAAAAUAUUAAGCAAGACCAUAGAGUGUUGGUAAAUAGUAGGAGAGUGACUUCAAAAGAUCGAAUGAUUUUAAUAGAAGUUCAGUUAGCAGUACAUUUUCAAUGUUUAAUCCUAAUGAGGAGUUGAAGACAUUUUUUUAGAAUGAUUUUCUUGAGAGAAAACGAUAUAUCCCAUAAGGGUACAGUGAUAUGACAAAAUAAUCAUCCUUAAACUCCUCUUAAGAUCAUAAUUAACAUUAAAGCAAAUAUAUUAGUUAAAGUCAAAUUGAAGACUAGCAGAACUAUAGUAAGAAUUUAUACAGUCCUUAGCAAUAUUAAAACAUUGAUAAGUCUAAUGUUUUUAAUAAUAAUAGGCUUAGCGUUACUAGAAUACUAAAUAAUUCAUAAAUAUGA